AUGGCCACUAGCAAUGCGAGGAGCGGGUUAUCCUCCGAAGGUGGAGAAGAAGUGGAAGGUGAUGAGGGGGGCGGAGAGGAAUCCGAGGAGGAGGAACAAGAAGAGAACGAAGAAGAAAAUAGUGACGAAGAUUACGCUCCUCCCGGAGACAGUGCAGUUGAAUCGGAGGCUACGAAUGUGGAUUUACAUACAUCCGUUGAAGUCUCUGACCCGAGACACGCGCAGUCUGAAGCCGAGUCGAGGGAAGGGUCGGUGAAUGUGGAUACGACUGAGGGAAGAGGAUCCGAGCAGAGAGCGGGAGAUGAAGUUAUAGAUGUUUCGGAGGACAGUGAAAACGACCUGCUGAAAGUGGGUGUGGGAGGAGCACAGAAGGAGAAAUUGGACGAACGCUGCCUGGGGCAGCCCGUAAGCAACGAUCCAGAUCUCUUAUUACCAAAUUGUCCAAUUUGCAUGGAACGGUGGGCCGGCCAAGGUGUUCAUCGAGUCUGGUUGGUCUUUUUUCUUUUGUUUACGUAGAUUUCUCUACAUCCAGUCUCAAAAAUUGUCGAAAAAUAGCCCUACGUGUACUAAAAUUAUUUUUCGAGACUGCUUGUUCUCGUCAUUUUGCAACGUGCUUGAAAUGACAUAUAUAUGGGUUUAAUUGUGUGAACGAAGACGGUUAGGCCUUGUACAACCCAUGAAAGCGUUAGAAAAGACCCCUAAUGUUUAUCAAAAUAAGAACUUUCCUUAUCGCGGGGAGCAAUGUGUGCAUUUCCAUCGUAGGACUUGAUCCGUAAAUGAUGUUUUGACGAUAUCACGAGAUUGCGCCGGGAAAACCCGAGUAGCUUCGCUAACUUAUGUGAACUAAAUAUCCAUUUCUGAAAAAUCCGACUUCAUCCGUCCCUACUCCAGCGUGCAAGGUCCUGUUGUUAACGAAAAAAUAAGAUAGUUUAAAGUUAAAAGGCGUAGUUCUGAUGUUUGCCUUUUUUUACAUUUCGCCCCGUUUUCAGUUAUAUCUCUAAAAAUGGUUCUCAAAUAAGAACUGGAGUUAUUUACAUGUCUCAAUUACUUCGAUUCUUGAUAUAUGCCUAUCAAUAGUUAUGAAUUCUGUGUAUGGUGACACCUUUGAAGACUUGCUAUUGAAAGUCAUCUCUGAUGUCAAUCCCUUUUGAAAUGUAGUUGUAUUCCUUGUGGACACCUGUAUGGUAGAUCGUGCCUUGAGCGUUGGGUUAGACGUUGUGGGGCUAGUUUCGCAAAGGUAGCCACUUAAAUCACUUCCUUUAUUUUGUUGUCCAGCAUGAUUGGCGGGAAUAAUGUUUCUAGUCUGACAAAUGGUAUAGCAUUUACCUUUUUUCGCCUGUGCAUAUAAAGUUUUGGUCAGAACUAGUCUCAUAUAGAAUAUUCCAUCAUUGAUGUCUUGCUGAUUGGGAAAUGUAGUGUAUGCUGGUAGUGUGCUCCAUGUGAACCAUUCUAUUUUGUAGGUGCAUUCACUCUUGUCAGAUACUAAUAUUCAAUUGGAUCAGUAGAGGCUUUUUCCCUGGAUGAAAACUCUGAAUGAUGUUGAAAAAUGAGCCAGAACUAAGUCAUGGAUAAAUGAUAGGAAUGCCAAAGAAUUGCUUUGUCUGUCAAUGGCUAGAUGGCCUUGUUACAUCAGUGUAUGAAAAAACUUAUUUCUGAAGCUGUCUGAGGACUGGUGUUGCGGUUUUGAUAAAGUAUCAUUGAAAGAGAAAAGAGAAUGCCGUGGAAGUAUGCUAUAAGUACUGCAAAUAAAGACAUCUUCGGAACAUUAAUCCUGUGAUAUCAUCUUUUAUUUAACCAGCUGGGAGAGGUAUGUUAUGGCAGGUUACCCUCUUUCUGAGUUCCGGUGAAUAGUUUCAGUAUAACUGGGCCAUGGAAAGGUAGCCGUUGUUUUGUACCAUUCCCCUGUUGGAACCUUAUUAUGACAUCGUCAAAAGAGGCAAAAUUGUAGCAUACGCAUAACACCGUCAGGUAGCAUAUGUCAAAUGCAAUUCAGAAGAAACCUCACAGGCGGGUGAGUACUGUUCGAUUUAACCCUGACAUAAGGCAUUGCAGUCUCCUAAUUUUGGACAUCAGAUUCUAUGGGCAGAUUGUCAUUUGGAACCUUUGUACGUGAUCAUGGUUAUAUGAAGACAUUAACAGUAUUAUUCAUCAUACAACGGGGACAAAGUUAGGAAGACUGUAGAUUGUGGACUUGAGAUUCUUCAGGUUGAUCCUAAGUUGGGGACUUUGUACAUUAUUGCAAUUAUAAGUGUUGUAGAUGGUGUUGAAACGCAAUAUCUGAAAAUGUUCCUUGUGAUAUUUUUCUCUGAAAAUAAACAUCAUUCUUUUAAAGAUUAUCCAUGGUUCAUUAUCAUCGGGUUUAAUGACAAUCCCAUCCUUCAAGUUGCGUGUACUUUUUGGUGGAUUGCAGUCGAGGAAUAUCUUGGGUUUGUUAACAUGAUGUUUAGCUGUCCAUGAAAUCUGUCCAUCGAAUUGUUCCCCUGGAUCAAAAACUUCAUUGCUCUCGCUACCUCAAUAAUAAGUUUGCAUUCAGAGGUCUAGUAUGAAAUAAGGUCACACUUUUGCGGCUCUAAUCCUUGAUCAACAGCAUCCAUCAGGCUGAGCAUGUCCAUAGUGGGCUGUGAUCGUUGGUGUAAGUGUGAAACAACGACCUGGUGACCGCUUGAUCCUCCAUGUCAGCCCCAUUGUUGCCAACCAUCCUUUUUUGGAGUUCUUGGAUUGAUCUCCUUUUGUUCUCUGUCUCUCUUUGUGCUGAGUAUGAAAUGGUGUAUUUUGAUCGCUUGAGUGUUUUAUGUUUUGAAUGAGGUCACCGUGUGAUAAAAGUUUUAUAACGAAAGGCAAGAGGCAGUGGUGAGGUCAUGAUUGACUAUCGCAGAGUGGAGUGUAGCAUUUUUCAUAUGUUGAUUUCCUCAUCCGUCAGAAUCAAUUAAUAGAUGUCUUGCUCAUGAAGCUGACUUAAGCCGGAAUUUUGGUUUGUUUAUGUCAACUACAUAAUUGGGUUUUUUGGUCUAAUGUCUAAGCCUAACCCCAUGGUAGCCUAAGCUGGAGAUACUCUAAUUUAGUCUGGUCAGAAAGCUGGAUUGGUUUGAUGUUGUAGCUUUUUUACAUUCUAUUCCAGUGGGUCCAGCCCACCCAUUACUUCAUGCAUUAGCUCUUUGAAGAAAUCCCACGUAUGGCCUCUAAUUUUCUAACUUAGCACCGAAAGUGCUAUUAUAUUUCUUCACCGUCAUUAUUGGCAUGGGAGCUUCUCAACUCUUUUUCACAUAAAUAAACAUGGAGAUUUGCUAAGCCAAGUGUCUGGUGCAUCGCGCAUUCAACUAAAUGACACAUGCUCAAACUUGCCGAAGUUUCACUCUUUUUGUUUCAUCUGGUCUUGACUGGGCUAGUCCUUAAGGUUUUGUUUGGCUUUCACUUCUAAUGACCAUAAGCGAGCUCAGCUCAGGUUCAAGCAUUGCCAUAUAUGUGCCUGCUGAAAAGUAACUUGCAUCUGUUUCUCUCCACCCUGAAAACGAUGAAGGUCGCUGUUGAUGUUUCAUUCCAUCUUGAUUAACAUAUUUCUUAUUCUCUAGUAGGAGCAUGUGGAUGCGACUAAUUGGCGAACUUUCUGUCUGUAACUGUGGAAGAGGAAUUUUGUCAGUAAUUUUCCUCUUUUUUUUAAUAAUUAGAAUCGGCAUAAUAGGAAGCAUCAUAACCUUUCUAGAAGAGGGUUUUUAUGAUCAUAGCACUGGGUAAAGUUUUCCUACUAUCUACCUAGUAGUUUAAUCUUGUAAUGCCCUGCAACUUCCACGAAUUAAUAGGAUGCGGUUUUCAAAAAAAUGAAGAUAUAUCUUUCUAUCACUAAAUCGAUAAACAACAUUAUCUCCUGUAGAGUUGAUUAUGCUUUAUCACCAGUUUUUUUUUAUAGAUUCCUCAUUGGUUAUUCUUUUUGCAGUGCCCUCAGUGCAAGAAACGUUUCAAAGUAGAGGAAAUUAUAAAUCUAUAUGCGCCACAAGUUGCUGUUUUGAAUGAUGAUCUAGAGAAGGUCUUGACCAUCACUUAUAUCUGUUGAGUAACUGCUUACCAUUCUCUGAUCCGUUUGUCUUCAUUUCACAGGAAUUAAGUAUUCUUCGACAAAAGAAUGAAUCUCUCAAUAUCGAAGUAAGUCAUGUAUGAGACUUUGUAUCCUUUGGAUCUGUUUUCCGGACAGUUUCUUACAAAUAAAAAUAUUUCACCUAGUAAAUCUUGAAGAGGUAGAUAGGAUUCCACCUGGAAAUCCUGGGUGAGAAACAGUGGAAAGGAUAAGCCCCGAAACCCCUGGUGACGCAUGUAGGUCUUUCCCAAAGGUGAGAAUAUAUUGAUGUUUGAAACAAAACAAGACUAAUGGGCCCAAGUAGGUCUGGCGGGCCCAAGGAGUUUCUUACCAACAAAGGAUUUCCAUUCUUCAACAAUUAUGAAGCACCCAUCUUUACACUAAAGGCUUCAGGCCUUGGCGCUGGUAUUUGAUGAUCGAAUUUUAUGAUUCAAUGUUAUUUUGAUGUUACCUUGACAUAUCAAUAUGAGUUAUAUAUUCUCAUAAUAUGAGAAUUCACCUUUGGUUUUACAGAUUAUCAUGCAUUUACUCGUUCCGGAUGUUAACGAUGAGUAUAUGACCAAAGUGUACGUUAACAAACUUUAAAAAGUAAAGAUGUGAGAAAUCGAGAACCUGCUGUCAGAGUAUACAAUUAAGCUAGAGUUUUGUGAAGGCUUUGUGUUUGUGGUCAAUAAUAGAAAGCACAGGCUUUUGCAUGUUCUUUUCUCGGUGUGAUGUGUAGCACAGGAUGUAUUCUCGACUUGAUUUUUAUUUAUUUAUUUAAUGCAAUAAAUACAGUCACAUAGUUUGUGGUUAAUUCCUUCAUAUUGUUGUUAAAAUUUUGUUAAUCUAGCUACAAAACAAGAGGAUAGUCAUAAAUUUACAUUUUUAGUGAUUAAAGCAAGUCAUUUUUUUUCAGCGGAAAAAAUUGCUUGACGAAGUAAGCAAGUUAAAGGUACAUCUCUAUAUUGCAUUACUCUCUUUUUGUUUUAUUUGCAUUUGUCUUCAUCAACAGUUUCUUGCCUUGGUCUUUCAAAUCAGAUCAUAGCCCUUAAUAAACUGGGGCAGGUCUGACUCUAUUCUGGAUCAGAUAGGUCAAAUUGGCUGGCUUUGGUAAAAGGAGCUAAUGGGAUUGAAAGGACACUGAGGGAUAUUGGUUCAUUUUUUUAGAUUAUCGUCUAAUUUUCUUAGUAAAAUAGAGUAAAUGCUUAAUAAAAUUUCAAACAUGUUUUCAUUAGAAAUUCAGCCCCUUUUACAACAUACUUUCCAGGCUCCAUUGUUAUAUGGUAGUCAGGGCGGCAACCUGUUAGUGCUGCUCCCUCAUCAGUAAUCCAAGUGAGGUUGGUAGACAUUUGGGUGGCCUUUUUGGAAAUAUCAAGGACUAAUUGAAUCUCCUACAAUGAAAAUCGGACUGGCUGUGGUUUCCUUUAAUAGCAAAAACUGAUUUUGGUCGAAAUUGGCUGAUUUUCCACACCGUGAUGCUAAAACUCUUUCCUUUUUCUUCCCGUUCCUCCCUCUCUCCUUCCACUCCCUUCCCCUUUUUUUCUUCUUUUCGUUGCAUUGAUGCUGUCACUUAUUGUCUAUUCUAACCGAGAGAAGAGGCACUGUGUGGAUGCUACAACUUGCUCGUUAGUUUAUUAGAUUUUCUCUGUACGAAAUAUCAAAAAUUAUUGAACAAAUGGAAAGAAGUGGAACUAUUAAUGGCAAUCCUUGAAGUUUGGAUCCUUUAUUUAUCCAUCCCUUUUUUUUAACUAUUUCCGUUUGUAUAGAUUUAUGAUACGUAGAUGUUGUGUCGAGCAGUGAUGACCUAAAUCUGUUAACGGUAGAAUUUUUCCAUCAUUAUUUUUUUCAGGUAGAAUGUCAGUGUAUAGGGCCCUGUGCUAUCUUUUCAGUUGUCUAGUUCUCACUUUUAUACUUUUAAUGGUUUAUUUCUGGCAGAAAGAUGCAGAAGACUACACACAAUUGGUAAGAUUGUAUUGCACUUUGUUGUUUAAGUUGUGAUCUACUUAAUGAUUUUAUAGCAAAAGCAAUCCAAUCCUGCAGAUUCUUGACGACUCCCGUUUUGGUUAUAUGUUUAGAAAAAGGCAUGCAUCCGUAAUGUUUUCCCUGGAGCAGUUUGCAUGACGGCCUCCGACUUUUUCAAUGAAUCACAGAUCCCUUCUUUGCAAGGUAUCAAGUUAUUUGUGCAUUUAUUAUCUCUCGUCAGAACAUCACAUCACGCAUAUUUCUCAAAUUUGUCUUCAAUUUUAGUCUUUAAUUUAUGAGGGAACGUAUAUGCCUGUUUAAUGGGAGGGGUGUGGUGUCUCUUUCAAGUUUCUUGGUCUUCUGCCUCCCCCCCAAUUUUAUGUAACUGUCUAUUGAACGUGGUACACCACUCCUUGAGGUGAUAGCUUCAUGAUUUGUGUUCUUGGCUUGCGCUAUUCUUAUGCAACUGAUUGAUGUUAUAAUGUGAGCGCAGGAUCAAUUUUCCUCUACCCAAAUACCGGACAGGAGGGCCAUUUCUUCGGUGACAUUGUUUUACAGGUAUGGCCAUCUCGCUCUUUUGAAAUCAGCGAUGUUUUGUAUACUAUUACAUAUAUUCUGGCAUAUCAUGGAGAGACGAAUGCCAUUUCUCUUUUCAACUCAUGGUUCGUUUUCAAUGCUCACCGGGGCCUUAUUCCCAAAAAAAUUUGGACGAUUUUUUAAACAAGAAGUGUUGUGACGUAGACGAAUAUCCAACCUUCGAGUUUUGUUGUUGAUAAUCGUGACUUCAAUAAGGAAAAUGUCUUUAGAGAUCUCAUAGAAUUUCGCGCUUCCUUGUGAUUUAAGGAGUAAACUCUGGGACCACCAGUAUACAAACUCCUUGAUGAAGGGUGUAAUUAGCAUCAGUAAAUAAAGGUAUUGGCAUGGCCAUACUGAGCUUUUAUCCAAUAUCCAGACGAUGUUCUUGAUGAAGUACUUGUAUCACAUACUUAAUAGAGGAUUAUGGGUUCCGACUGACUUUUCCUAUCAAUUGUGGGUAAUGGCUAAAAUGAUAAAUUGAGAAUUGUCUUUUCCUAUUAGUUAUGGAUAAUGCUUAUAAUGCCUCCAGUGAUCGGUUGACAAUUCCUUGUCUGCAGGACGAACUACAGUUUGAUGGGGCCAGAGUUCUGGAUAUUGAUGCUUCUUGUCAUGUCUUACUCAUCUCGGGAAAGUUACCUGGGUGGAGAGGAGGGCAUGCUCUGACUAAAGUAUUUCCCUUUUUCACCCGAUCAACCUAAGAUCUUACUCAUUCUAAUUUUUUGAAAUCUCUGAUGCAUCGCAAAUAACUUGGUGUUUCUUUCCUGUUUUGAUGUUGUGUGCAGGUUAGUUUAUUAUGUCCAUAUGCAGUGCAAAGCAUUCCGCUCCCUGACGACACUGGUGCUGUCAGGGACCUUCACUUUUCACCUGUUGACGCGAUUCUUCCUGGUAGGCUCGCGGUAUUGGCUUCCUUGGGGAAGAAAUUAUCUGUUUUCAGGUGCCGCUUUUCCUGUUUUUCGUAUUUAAUUCUCUAUAAUUCCUUAUUUGCACAUGUGAGGGCUAAUAAUAGGCAUGGUCCUUUUUUUCAGCAUGGAAAGCAAUAAUAUUGUCCUCAAGUACAACUUACCGGUAAAUGUCUCAUCUCAGUCUUUCUUCAGUCCAUUGGUUGAAAGAUUAUCGUCGUUCUUCAUUGGGUUUUAAGUCAACUACCACAUUUCAUCUUAGUUAUAUCUCAAAGCAAAUUUCUAUCAGUUAAUUAAUUAUACUUCGUAUAUUGCCUCCAGCCUAUUACUAUUUAUUAAGCUUAACAGGCUGUAGAGAAAAACUGCUCCCAUGUCCGCCAUCUCUGGCCGAUGUGAGGUUCUGGUUUAGGGUUUUUACUUCCUCAUGUAUCUGUAAAUUCUUUGUUAUAUUAACGCGGGGACCCCAGUACGAUAAUAGCUCCAUUUGUCAAUGUUCUUUGCCAUAUCUGUCACUUCUAGUUGCUUAAGGAAUUAUUCUGAUGUAAGUUGCUCUCUCAGGGACCUGCCUGGUCAUGUUCGUGGGACUCCAACGCUUCAUACCAUAUUUAUGCUGGAUUGCAGGUAUGUUUCAUAACUCUGCUAAGCUUUUAAUGCGUUUAUCGUUUAAGAAGUCAUUGAACUAGAAGAUGAUUCUGGAAUCAUUUUCCUCCUUUCCUUUGAGAACGAACUAUUCCUGUUAAAAUACUUCAAAAUCUUUCCACAGAACGGGAUGUUAUUAAUGUUUGACAUACGCCAAACCUCAAGCCCCCUGGAAUCAAGACCUGGUCUGAGUAGUCACCCGAUCCACACGAUCCAUUCUCUUCCCCCGCAGCCGGAACUGCAUGGCGCUGGAGCUCUCCUCACUGCUUCUGCGGUGGGCCCAUGUCUAUGGGAUACCGGUAGUAAUGAAACCAGGUGAGUUUAGUGAGAGAAACGAGGUCUUUCUACCCGGCCUCCAUCUACAUCUUACUGACUCAUUGGAAAAAACUUGGGUACUCUUCUUCCCUUUGAACUGCCUGUUUGAUGCAGUCCUCAGCUCUUGCCCGAGACGGAGAAUCAGGGCGUCUGCAUAUCACUCGCCUGUGGUGGCUCAGGCACCGACGCCGUUGCUUCAUUCCGCCCCCUAGUCCACACAGGCGUCGGCGGCGGCGGCGCCGGUUCUACCGCCCUCACCGGACCCGUGAGGCUCGGUACCCACGUUCUCUUGAAAAGGGUCGAUGGCCGCAGCUUUCGGCGGCAUGAGGCCGCCUCCGGCAACGUUAGCGACGUGCGGAUGUGCCGGUCGGCCAUUGUGCACGCGGAAGGCGGCGGCACGGCCUUCGUCUACGGGGAUGAAGCCUCCCACGGGUUGUCUGUGUGGGACGUAGCGUCGUUUCAAGUUGUUAAAAGGCUUAAACCACAUGAACACCCCAUACUCGACGUCAAGUUCUCCAAAUACGCUUCUGGGCCAGGUCUCCUGGGUUGUAUCAGCGAGAACAGGAUCCAGGUUUUCCGAGUGCCAUGA